AUGGCAUUCAGUGUGCUCGAAACGCCGGACAUCGCCGCUGACCAAGAAGCAACUGAUAAAUUCCGUGCGGCUUUCGCGUAUGAUGAGAAAGAGAUCUUAUUAGGAUACUUUCCGGGUUACAUCUACAGGCUUCUGCCAGUAUCCGGAAGGCUCUAUGUUUCCACCAAUUUCUUCUGUUUCAAGUCAAGUGGCCCAUUGACUUCUCGGACCAGGAUGACGUUGCCCCUUCGGGAUAUUCUCGCCUUGGAGAAAUCGAAAGCAACUCGAUUUGGUCAUCAUGGCUUGAUUAUCAUUGUAAAGGGCCACGAGGAACUUUUCUUUGAAUUUGGAGCUGAGGACAAACGGGCAGCAUUUGUCCAAUUGCUGGAGAAUCAAAUGGAGAGUGUCAGGAAACGUAUGGUGGCUGGUACUUCCGCAGCAACAACAUCUCCCGGAAAGCGAGACGCGCUUACUCUAGAAGCGUUCGAAACGAGAUCUAUUGGUAGUGAUUGCGACCCAUCGCCACCCCCAGAGAAUAUGGCAGAUUCUCUCCCAGCUCUCAUGUUCACUUCAGCGUCAUCGACUUUUUUGAAUUUCAAGCCUCACAAGUCACUCCGAUUUACUUUCCUGACGAUCGGAUCACGUGGUGACGUUCAACCUUACAUAGCCUUGGCUAAAGGCCUCAUAGCUGAUGGACAUAAGUGCAAGAUCGCAACCCAUGGCGAAUUUCAGGCUUGGAUUGAAUCUCAUGGUAUCGAAUAUGGGUAUGUCGGAGGUGAUCCCGCUGAGUUGAUGCGAAUAUGCGUCGAAAAUGGAACAUUUACAGUGUCAUUCCUCAAAGAAGGCUUGCAGAAGUUUCGAGGGUGGUUGGACGACCUCCUCAAGACAUCCUGGGAAGCCUGCCAGGGGGCUGACGUCUUGGUGGAAAGUCCUAGUGCAAUGGGUGGCUACCACAUAGCUGAAGCAUUGGCAAUCCCAUAUUUUAGGGCAUUCACAAUGACGUGGACGCGCACAAGAGCAUAUCCCCAUGCAUUUGCUGUUUUACAGCUUCAGAAUAUGGGCGGUAGUUACAAUUAUAUGACUUAUGUCAUGUUCGAUCAGGUAUUUUGGCGAGCUACCGCAGGUCAAAUAAACCGGUGGAGACGUGAUCUCUUACACCUUGGACCAACAAGUCUUGACAAGAUGGAACCACACAAAAUUCCAUUUUUGUACAACUUUAGCCCCCAUGUGGUGCCCCCACCGCUUGAUUGGCCAGAGUGGAUUCGGGUGACGGGCUACUGGUUUCUGGAUGAUGCCGACGUCAGUUCCAAAAAGUGGACCCCUCCUCAAGAUCUUAUUGAUUUUAUUGACAACGCACAUCAAUCUCGACAAAAAGUUGUCUACAUUGGCUUUGGAAGCAUUGUGGUUUCGGACCCAAAAACAAUGACCCGUUGUGUUGUGGAAGCUGUUCUGCAGAGUGGCGUCCGUGCUAUCCUCUCAAAGGGUUGGUCAGACCGACUCCACGUGAAAUCUGGCGACGAUGUCGAAUCAGAAGAAGCAUUACCUGCUGAAAUAUAUCCUAUAUCAUCGGUACCUCACGAUUGGCUGUUCCAGCGCAUUGAUGCAGCUUGUCAUCAUGGCGGGGCGGGUACUACUGGAGCCAGCUUAAGAGCGGGAAUACCAACGAUAAUU